AUGAAUCCAGAGACCAAAAUCAUCCUCGAAGAGAUCAACCGCCGAUUCAACGAGCAUGACCAGAAGUGGGAUUCGCGUUUUGUGGAUCAGGAAGCGCGCCUCUCUCGCCAGAUCCAGGACUUCGAGCAGGCGCAGGAGGGGCGCAUGGCGGCUCUGGAGAAGGUUACCGCGUCGCUCGAUGAGUGGCGGCCGUUGAUUGAAGGCCUCGUCGACGACAUGAAGAUUGACAUCUCGAAGUCCAAGUUGGAGGUGUCGAAGAUCUCUCACAACUGGGAGCGGGCGAUUCUGGAGCAACCGGCUUCCACGCCGGGCAUCUUCGCCGUCGCUCCGUCAGCUGUUGAGCGUCCAUUCGUCAACGCUCCAGCAAAUCUGCCCAAUGGGCACUGCGUCGACAAUCACCAUCGGGAGAGUGGAUUUGGGGUAGUUUCUACCCUGAUUCAUUCCCCGGUCAAGGGUAUGCCACCAUUCCCCACUCCUCCCUCUCCAAGAUCUGUUUUCCAGUCUACUGACGAUCCUGGGGUUCAUAGUGGUACUACCGGGGUGGGGUAUAAUGGGUUCCAGCCACCCAAACUUUCUAAAUUUGAUUUUCCUAAGUUUGACGGAUCCCAACCUAAAUACUGGCUUAGUCGAUGCAAGGAUUACUUUGAUCUCUAUGGUACUGAACCUCACAUGUGGGUUAGGGUCGCUAAAAUGCAUUUUACACACGCUGCUAAGCGUUGGUACCCUUCUGUUGAAUCCCAGCUUCAGUCCGCUACUUGGCCUACUUUUACUCGCUUGAUCCUUGAUCGUUUUGGCCAGGAUGAGCAUGAGCUUUUGCUUAGACAACUCUUCCAAAUCCGUCAAACUAAUUCUAUUCAAGAGUACAUAGACCAAUUCAUUGCUAUCGUCGAUGAUUUAUCAGGUUAUGGUGGUACCACAGACCCUCUUUACUAUGCUACGAGAUUUGUUGAUGGUUUGAAAGAUUAUAUUAGAGCUGCAGUGGCUUUGCAUCGUCCCCAAAAUUUGGAUACUGCUUGCAUUCUUGCUAAAUUGCAGGAGGAGGUUGUUGAUCCGGCCAAGAAGCGGGACUUCCGCCGUGCGGAACAUUUGGCGGGUCCCCGUCCGUAUGCUCCGAUGGCGCUUCCACUACCUCCACCACCUCCCCGUCUUGCCCUUUCGGCCGCCGAGGUGAAGCCGGUUGUGGACGCUGGGCGUGGGCCGACCUUGGAUGAGCACUGUUCACAUACCUUUAUCAACUCAGCUGUUGCUUCGACAUUUCCAACUCUGCAACAGUUAUCUCCUCCCUUGCAAGUCCAGGUCGCUAAUGGGCAGGGUUGCCAGUUUUCUUCCAAUUUGAAGGUUCUUCCACUGUCCUCUUAUGACAUGAUAUUGGGUUUGGAUUGGUUGGAAGCUCAUAGUCCGAUGUCAGUCCAUUGGGGCCAGAAAUGGAUUCAGCUCCAACACCAGGGCAAUGCUGUUUAG